GCUGGUAGGUUCCUCCUUUCAAUUCUCAAACCAGUCCAUGAUGUCAUAUAAAUACCCCAUUCAAGUUGGAAGCUCAACUUGAUCUAACCCUCCCACUCCUCAGACUAACAAUGAUUAUUUUAAGGUUGGCACUUGUUGUGGCCUCCCUUGUAGUACUGGUCCAAUCCCAUGUUCCAAACAUUUGGGAAGCCAAGCCCUUCCAUCAGAUGUUGUCUUUGGUUCAGCCAGACCCGGUUGUCCUAAACUACCACAAAGGUCCACUCCUUAAGGGAAACGUCACCGUUCACAUCCACUGGUACGGUAACUUCACCCCCACUCACCGUUCCAUCAUCGUUGAUUUCAUCCAAUCCCUCGGUUCCAUUCCUCAUUCUCGUCACCACCCAUCACCUUUUUUGUGGUGGCGAAUCACCGCCAGGUACAGAGGAGGCCCCUGCACCCUCACCGUAGGGAAUCAAACCCUCGACAACACCUACUCACUCGGUAAAUCACUUAAAACAAGCGACCUCCUCGCACUCGCUUCCAAAAAUUCACUAACAACAACAACAAUUCCCAUAUCGACUCACAAUGAAUCUAUGCACGUUCUGCUAACCUCUGCUGACGUGGCUGUGGAUGGAUUCUGCAUGAGUCGAUGUGGGACCCACGGGUCGGGUAGGGUUCAAAAGAAGAGGUUUGCGUUUGCGUGGGUGGGUAACCCGGCCACGCAGUGCCCCGGGGAGUGCGCGUGGCCGUUCCACCAGCAGGUGUACGGCCCUCAGACUCCGCCGCUCGUUCCGCCGAACGGCGAUGUCGGCGUGGACGGAAUGGUGAUAAGUUUGGCCACCGUUCUCGCCGGCGCGGUAACGAACCCGUUCGGGAACGGGUACUACCAAGGGUCGGCGACGGCGCCGUUGGAGGCGGUGUCGGCGUGUGCCGGGAUAUUCGGAAAAGGUGCGUAUCCGGGCUACACGGGUAACGUUUUGGUGGAUAACGUAACGGGAGCUAGCUACAACGCGUUGGAUGUGCACGGUCGCAAGUUUCUCUUACCGGCGAUGUGGGACCCCGUCACAUCUACAUGCAAAACGCUCGUUUGAUAGUUUGAUAUUUAUCUCUCUCUGAGCGUGACCAAAAAGAAAUGUUUCUUGGCUUUUUGAAGAGGAUAUUGAUUUAUUCUACAUAUUUAAUAUUUAGUAUUGUUAUUAUCAUGUUUACAAGAUAAAUAAAAAUUACAAUUGAUUUAGGAUCCA